AUGGGUUCUGGCGUCAGUGCCGGCCCAGAAGACGUGGAGGACAGUGAGGACGAGGAGGGGUCUGAGACAUUCUAUGGGAGCCUGGAUGGUAGCGGACUGAGGAUCGGCAUCGUGGUGGCACGCUUCAACGAGCUGGUCACCCGCCCCCUUCUGGCUGGAGCCCGGGAAACCCUGAGUCGUCACUGGGUGGAUGUCGACAAUGAUGUCGAUGUGGCCUGGGUUCCAGGAAGCUUCGAACUGCCGGUGGUUGCCAAGGCCAUGGCCAAGAGCGGAAAGUACGAUGCCGUCAUCGCCAUCGGAGUUGUGGUCAAGGGCGCGACCGCCCACUACGACGCCGUGGUGGGCGCCACGACCAGCGGAGUGUUGAAUGCCGCCAUUGACACGGGCGUCCCCGUGGUGUUCAACGUCCUCACCUGCGACUCCAUGGACCAGGCGCUGGACCGUGCCGGCGGCAAGGUCGGGAACAAGGGCUCAGAGGCUGCAGCCACCGCGGUGGAGAUGGCCAAUCUGCUGGCCAGCAUGCGGGAGGUUGGCUCGGCCGCGCCGACAUGGUGA